CAAGGCAUUUCCGGUUUUGAUUUCUUCCAAAACGGGACAUCAGUGAAGUUUGGUGAACAAAUUAGUCACUAGCGAUCUUAUAUAGAACAACUGGGAACUUGAGCAUGGCAGGGAAGUCUAAAAAGUAUGUUGAUGAGAACAGGGAAUCGAAAAAUCCCGAUUUGGAGCUUGUAGACAAGUCCAUCGCGAACUUGUCGGAAGUGCAAGGACUGUUGGAUUUGCAGCACAUCACCAGACUUACUCUGACACAUAAUAAAAUAACAGCAAUUCCUGCCAACAUCACAGAGUUAGCUAACCUGGAAAACCUGAAUCUCUUCAAUAAUCAUGUUAAGGAAAUCCCAAGUACGAUCAAUUCCAUGAUGAAGUUAAAGAUUUUGAAUUUGGGGAUGAAUAAAUUGAAUUCCUUGCCUCGUGGAUUUGGUGCCAUUCCUGUACUAGAAGUUUUGGAUCUGACAUAUAACAAUCUGAAUGAGAGGUCACUGCCUGGAAACUUCUUUUGUUUGGAUACGUUGAGGGCUCUGUACCUUGGAGAUAACGAUUUUGAAGUCAUUCCUCCUGAGAUUGGUCGACUGAAGAACCUUCAAAUUUUGGUUUUGCGAGACAACGAUCUGAUAGCCCUCCCCAAAGAGGUGGGAGAACUGCCUCGCCUCAAGGAGCUGCAUAUCCAGGGUAACAGACUUACAGUACUACCACCAGAGAUAGGUAACCUUGAUCUUGUGGGGUCGAAGCAGGUGUUCCGUGGAGAGAACAACCCUUGGGUGACCCCGAUAGCUGACCAGUACCAAGUGGGCGUGUCUCAUGUAUUUGACUACAUCAGAUCUGACACCUACAGAUUUUUGUAUGGCCGCCACAUUGCUGCAGAGUCUGCACCACCUCCAAAGACAAAUGACAAGUCCAAGAAGAUAAGCCGAGGGUGAGGCGAGGAGCUGUCAGAGAGGCUGAAUACUCAAUUAUCACUCAAAACAGCAGGGAGUCAUGGAAGCUAAAUACAGAGACAAAUGGGAAAACCUAGACAUUUAUAAAGCUACAUGUUGUACAUCUCUGUCAGUUAAGACAGGGUUUUUAUUGAAGUCAUCAUUCAUCUUUCUCCAUGGAAGUAGCAGAUCUGCUUCCAAGGUCACAAAGGAAUAAUAGAUUUGAUAAAGUUUAUACAUUAUUGUGAACUGUGCUUUUACUACAGCAUUCAGCAUGUACUGAUUUCCUACAGAAAAACAUAUCUCUACUUUGGACGGAGGGUAAAGAUAUUACUAAAUGUAAUAAGAUGUGAACGGUGGAAUAUUAUCACAUUCAUGGCUUGAAAUUAUCUUCAGACUAAUAAGAUUCAUCUUCCUAUGAAUUUAACACAUGGAAAUACAGAAUAUGAACUGACCAUGACAAUAGUUUACAGUUAUAUUUGCAAUUAACUUAUUCAAAAUACUACACAAUGACUAAAACCUGUUUAUGAGAAAUAGAGAUAUCAAUCUAGGCAAUACACUGAAUUUCCUAUUGUACAUGUGAUACCAAGCUGGUCACUUUCAUGACAAAUGAGACUGGGUACAUUAGGAAAUUCUGUGGAGUUCAGUUUAAGUUUAAAUAGAAGUGUAGAUGUAUGAAAGGUUAUUUUGCACUGUCAUUUACCAAUCUUUGUUAAAAUAUUCAUUUUAACCAAAGAUAUUUAAUGAUCUUAAAAUUCUCUGAUAAUUCAGAGUUGGCUGGCCAUGUUAAGAAAGCAUAGCUAGAGGCCAAACAAAUAUGGUGCUAUUUUUUAUUAUGUCUAUUUAUAGAUAGCCUAAAAAUCUAUCUGCAUUUGCUUAUCAUAAUCUUUCUUCUUCUCAUUUAUUACCAGGUAAAGAAUCAUCUACAGAUUUGACAUUUUGUCUUAUUUAUGGCCUGCUUCAGUAAGGUUGUAUUUAUAUUGAUGUACUUUUUAAAUGAAUGGUGUUGUAUUUGAAACUUUUGUGGAACAUUUAUCAAAUCACUCAAAGGAUUAACUUUCACCAUCUAUAUCUUAAGAUGUUUACCAGAGUGUACGCAUACCAGUUAUAAUCUGUACUGGGGGCUUACCUUCAGUUCUGCUUUCAUUUAAAUGGCAUCAUUUUGUCCAGCUAUUUUGCUAAAUACAUAGCGUAUAUGAUAAUAUUUGCAUGUUUAUGUUUUGUAUGAAGUAUGAAAUAUUGGUUUAUAUUGUUCUCUGGCACUUCAUAUGAUGUGUCAGUUUUGUGUGUGUUAUUAUUUAAAUGUAUGUUACCGAUUUAUAGAUGUAUAUAUGCAAAUUAUACAAUAUAUAUGUUUUAUAUCCAUAAAAUAGUGUCAAAAUUCAGAGAAACAUUUACAUUUUUCUUCCAUCUAUGUCAUGCUUCAGUUGUACUACUGGCCUGUACUGAAUCACUCCGUAAUUAACCCUGUGAUAAUUUGACCCCUUCCUGUAUAGACCUUUUAGGGUCAUAUUUAAUGCAGUUUAUAAAUUAAUAUUUAAGUACAUUUAGGUAUGACAAGAACAAGAAUAUUCAAAUACUACUGAAAUUAUUAUCGCUGUUGUUUCUUUUUAAGUGAUUUGAAAAAAAAAAGUUGUGAAUUAUUACUCACAGAGGUGCUAACAAAAAUGCUUAUCUGGAUACCAAUUUAUAGAGAAGUUUCAGAAAACCUCCUGUUUUAGAUAUUACACAAUGUAUUACUACACUUGUAUAACGAAUGUGACUUUUAAUAUUAUAUUUAUUUAUAUGACACAAUAAAUAUAUUAUAAGC